UGUAAUUCAUUUUAGUGCCCUUGGAGAGUGCACGUAAUGGUGGACGUCGAACUUUGCUCCUCUCAAUUACUCAAUCCGAGCACAGUUCUUAGAUUUCACGAGCACAGUCCGUCCGAUAUUGACGAAUGGCAGCAGAAACAGAGCUGGUUUUUGUGGAUUGCCCGAGCGUAGGUAAGACGGCAAUGAGGAGGGAUCCAAAGUUUUCUGCCUCCGGACCCAUCCGUGGAGCUACUUCUCUGUUAGCUGGUUGCGGCAGGAAAGCGACGAACGAUAUCACAGACGCUGCUGACUUGCACUGACACUUGGAGUUGCUUCUUCGUCAGGUCGUUCGCCUCCGUCGAUCAAUCUACGUGCCUUGGGACCGAUCCAUUUCGCAAGCAAUCAGUCAAUCCAAUUCGAUCAGUCCAGUCAAGAAUCCAAUCAGUCCCAUCAAUCCAAUCAAUCCCGUGAUUCGAGAUAGGCAGAGGAGGGGGAGGAUAUAGCGAUCACCUCAUGGAUAGCCGGGGCACUGCGGCGGCGUCGGGUGCUUAUCGCCGCGAUGAGCCACCAGAUAUUAACAUCCCGCGAGUCACUUAUCUCAACAGGGAGCGUCACUGGCCGGGCGAGUCGACGCACGAUCCGAUCGAGAGCGGUCCCGUGUCAAAAUGGAGGAUGAAAGAUCGAAUGAAAACAGGCUGUGUGGCGAUUGUGUUGUGCCUGAAUUUCGAUGUAGACCCUCCAGACCUUGUUCGGUUGCCAGAAAUGUCAAGGAUGGAAUGUUGGAUAGAGCCGAGUAGCAUGCCACCCAAAAGGGCUGUAGAGACAGUUGGGAAGUCGCUGCAGGCACAGUAUGAGCGCUGGCAGUCGAGGGCAAAGUACAAGCUGUUGUUGGAUCCGCCUGCGGAAGAUGUGAAGAAGCUUUGCCAUGCUUGCCGGAAAGUUGCAAAAAAUGAGAGAGUACUUUUCCAUUACAACGGUCAUGGUGUUCCCAGGCCGACGGGCAAUGGUGAAAUCUGGCUCUUCAACCAGCUGGCACUGAUCGAGGCUGAGGAACAGCGCCAGCUGGCAGCCGAGGCUGUCCGCCUACAGGUUGAAGCGGCGGCAGCAGCUGAAAAGCAGCGGCUUCAGGCCGAAGCAGAAGCAGAUACCCAGGCACACCACAAGGAGGCCCAGGAUCUGCUACAGCGGCAUGAAGCCACCAGCAUCGAAAGGCUCAAGUUCUGGCACUUUGAACCAUCCGAGGAGCACGACGACGCGACACUAGAGGAGCAGCAUAAGGAAUUCCUGGCCAAGCUCGUGACCCUGUUGGACUUGGAGCAAGUUACACCAAGACCGAAUGCUGGCGAGACCAGCAGUGCACCCUCUACCCGCCAGUUGGAGGAACGAGUUGACCACGUAGUCGGAAUGCUCGGCGACAUCGUUACCUUCGCUGCACCAGCCACCAUCAGCAAGCAGCUGGACACCUUGAAGACUGAGGUUCAACAACUGCACCAGCUGCCUAACAAAGAUGGCAACACCGCACAACACUACAAGAUGCCGACAUUCCAAAUCGAGAAGUUCAAUGAUUAUACACAUCAAGACCCGGUCCUCUGGUGGGAGGGCUUUACGACGCAACUUCGGAUUUUGUUCGUCCCCAAGCACUCAUACAUCGGCGCGUUGUUCCUCAACUCAAAAGGCGGAUGCCAGAUUUGGCUCAGCCACCUGGCAACCUUUCACGGCGUCCAGGUCGCUGAUUUGAAAGAUAAGAUCUCGUGGGAAGAGUUAACACGGCUAUGGAAGAAGCGGUUCAUCAUGGACGACGCCCCGACACUCGCCAUCAACCGCCUCGUCGCUAUGAUGCAAGGCAACACAUCGACACGUGACUGGCUCACGGAAUGGCAAACGAUCGCGGUGACGCCGGAUCUUGAAUUGCCAUUUUCGCAUCUAUGUCGGGAGUUCUACAACCGGUCAUGUGCUGCCUUGAGCCUUGCACUUGGUGAUUGCGAGCAAUACGCGACCUUCGCCGAAAUCAUCGACAAGGCAAGGGAGAUCGUGAAGACCAAUAGGGCGGCUGCACACGAGAAGUCGGCAUGGCAGCCAACCUAUGUGGAGAAAGGAAAAUUUGGUCCGCCUCCGCAGCAUGUCGCUGCAGUCCACACGGACAACAUUGUGGAAGACCCGGCAGCCACCCAAGCAUCACGUGAGGGAGAUCAGGUGGCUGUUGUCCAGCCGCGAAGCAACAACAACUCCCGAGGGAAAGGGAAGGCGAAAAUCGCAUCGCCUGCCGGAAACGGACAGCCAGCACCUUGGGUUGAGUUUCACUUAACCGAGGCCGAAUACAAGUGGCGCGGCCGUUGCGCGGGAGGUGAGGUGACUCCACCUCUCACUCCGCCAGAUUCGGCCGCCGUGCUAGCGGCCUCUUACACAUCUGGGGAGGAUGCGAAUGUCGCAAGUCCUCGGUUCACUUACGAGGAUUAUGCUGUCCACUUGGUCCCACCGUUGGACCAACCACUCCACGUGCAGCAAUCCACCGCAUGCACGGUUUCACUCCCAUCGGCAACCGAUUCGGCAACUUCGCCGUCAUCUAUCGCUGGGGAUUCGACGACAUGGUCAAGACUUGAAGAGCUCGACCCGUUGACGUUUGCGGACUUCCAAUGGAUGCCCCUUCCCCGGUCCGGUCGAUUGCCGAAACCGCAUUGCAACGUGCUCAUGGCACAAUUGCGGGAUUACUUGCACACUGCAGUACCAACUCCGUUGAUGGACGUCGGAGUAGAGGUUGUUGACCUUCACGCGUACAUUGCGAAGAUCGACCACGAGUUCAAGACACAACGGUACGACGACAUCGACGCAGCAUUGUUGUACAUACGCAUUCAGAUCGGAGAGACGACCUGCAGCGCUUUGAUUGAUUGCGGAGCUACUCGCAACUACAUGAGCGACUUUAUGGUACGCGCUGGCCUUGGGCCACACGUUCAGAGGAAGAGGCAGCCCACGCAAGUCACGUUGGCCGACGGUCACACACACAGGUCAAUAGACCGGUGCAUUGAUGCUGUCCCCGUGUACUUCGCCCCGCAUGCAAGCGAGGCCGUGUCCUUCGAUAUUUUGGACACCAAGUUCGACAUUAUCUUGGGCAUGCCAUGGCUGCGAAGCGAGGAUCAGCCGGUGAACUUCUACCGCCGCACCGUUCACGUUCGUCAUCGGAACGGAGUACUAGUCCCAUGGACGGUGCCUCCUCCUCACCCUUCGAUCAGCUGCCACGUGGUGUCCGCCACGAGCAUUCGAGCUUCCAUCAUUUGGGAUGACAUCGAGGACAUGGGGGUGUGUUUGAUCCACGCCCGCCCGCCCCAAGACAUUCCAUUGACGGACUCACCACCGGACCCAUGCAUCAUCGAGCUUCUCGACGCCUACGGCGACGUUUUUGAAACACCACACGGAGUAGUACCGGAUCGGCCCAUCCGCCACGAGAUCAUCCUCGAGGACGGGGCCGUACCUCCGCGUGGUUGCAUCUACCUCAUGAAAGGUUGGAUUCGGCCUAGCUCUUCGCCAUACGGUGCUCCCGUUCUCUUCGUCUGGAAGAAGAACAAGGAGCUGCGGUUGUGCAUCGAUUAUCGCAAGCUCAACGUGCAAACCGACAAGAGCGCCGACCCUCUUCCGUGCAUCGACGACCUCCUCGAACGACUGGGCGGCGCCAAGUUCUUCUCCAAGCUUGACCUCAAAUCGGGAUAUCACCAACUCGAGAUCCGGCAGGAGGACCGCUACAAGACCGCGUUUAAGACGCGAUAUGGGCAUUUUGAAUGGCUGGUUAUGCCUUUUGGCCUUACGAAUGCCCCGGCCACAUUCCAAGCGACCAUGACAAUGGAGUUCCGACACAUGCUGGAUAGAUUCGUACUCAUCUACCUCGAUGACAUCUUGGUGUACAACCGGAGUUUGGACGAGCAUAUGGAGCACCUGCGCACCAUUUUGGAGCGUCUACGACAAGCCAAGUACAAAGCCAACCGCGACAAAUGCGAAUUCGCGAGGCAAGAGCUGGAGUACUCGAGACAUUAUGUGACGCCGCAAGGCAUCCGUCCGCUUGCGGACAAGAUCGAGGCCAUCUGCAUAUGGCCCGAGCCCACCAACACCACGGACGUUCGUUCAUUCAUGGGGUUGGCAGGCUACUAUCAAAGUUUCAUCACCGGGUACUCAAGGAUUGCCGCGCCUAUGACGAGAUUACAAUCGCCAAAGAUGCCAUUCGUAUUCGAUGACGACGCACGUUGGUUAUUCCAAGCACUCAAGACGGCCAUGCUCAUGGCACCCGUCCUUAGCAUCUACGACCCCACCCCGCCAACGAGAGUGACAACCGACGCUUCCGGCUAUGGCAUUGGGGCAGUCUUGGAACAACAUGAUGGCGACGAUGGGCACCCUGUGGAGUAUUUCAGCCACAAAGUGCCUCGCAUCAAUUCACUUGAUGAUGCAAGGAAGAAGGAGCUGCUCGCGUUCGUGAUGGCUCUCAAGCGAUGGCGGCACUUCCUCCUUGGGCGUCGUAGGUUCACAUGGGUCACGGACAACAACCCAUUGACCUACUACAAGACGCAGGAUACAGUGAGCAGCACGAUCGAUUCGUUGGAAUUGCUGGCUCAAGCGUGCGCGAACAUGCAAAAGGCUCAAGUCCGCAUGCAGCAGCAAGCCAACAGGCAUCGCGUGCCAUGUCCCAUCCGCGCUGGUGAUCUGGUAUGGGUCUCCGCGGAAGAGUUUGCACUGGAACAGGAUGUUUCACGCAAACUGCUUCCCAAGUGGUUUGGACCAUGGCCCGUAACAUCAGCCGCGCGCGAUGAGCCCGAUGGCCCCUCAUUUGUGAUCAACAUUCCCCCGCAUCUGACGGUCCAGCCAGUCUUUCACUCCUCGAAGCUGGCAACAUAUACACCAGCCAAGAGCGACGACUUCCCGGGCCGAAGAUCGCAAGAUCCUCCAUCUAUGGAUGGUCAUCAGGAGGUUGACCGCGUCAUUACGGAUCGCAAGUACGGCAGCAAGCCUCGACAGUACAAAGUUACAUUCAAAGCAUGCGAUCCCGACGACACUCGGUGGAUUUCAGGAACAGAUUUGAAAGCAUCCGCACCGCUGAUCUACGCUCACUACGAGCGACAAAGGUUAGCUCAGGGACCUUCACGACCUGCCCCUCCCACCCGGAAUGUGGUCCCUCCCUCAGACGGACAGCUUCGCCCUCGCAGUGCAUGGGCGAUGGAGCGGCAGCGGGGUGGCAGCGGGGUGCGGACUGCGAGAGUGCCGUGGAUGGAUUGUGGCGCUGGCUAUGGCGGGAUCUUUGUCACGUUGUUUGGCGGAGGAGGAGCGGGAGGAGUAGUGGGAAGAGCGGGAGGAGGGAUGGGAAAAGGAGCGGGAAAAGGAGCGGGAGCAGGUGCGGGAGAGGGAGCUGGAGGGGAAAUGCGAAGGGGCGGAGGAGCCGCGGGAGGAGGAGCUAGAGAAGGAGCGGAAGAAGGAGCACGAGGAGAAACGGGAAGGGGCGGAGGAGGCGCAGGAGGAGGAGCGGGAGGAGGAGUCUCGAAACUUUGAAUAAAUUUCGCUACGACGUAGGCUUUGUUAUAUCAACUAGCCAUGCAUGAAUACGCAAGCAGUCUUAGUGAUUGCGUACUAUGUGAUGCCCAUAAUCAAACGAUCCUGGAUGG